AUGCCAUUUAUCACGCUAAGACAAAUCAUUUAUAUGAAGGCAAAACACAUACUCCUGUCAUUAUUGGUUCUAAAAUGGGAAAAAUAUGAAAGAUAUUUUGGGAGAAGAGAGCUUUACUUGCAUUUAGAUCUUCAAUAUAGCAGUUUUGGGAUGGCCUCUUUAUUUUUUUAUUGGAGUUUCUGGAGUAUCAACAAGAGGCUUCACUAGUCAUCUUAUUGUACCAAACAAAUUGUUACCAAAAGAAAAUGCUAUUCAAACAGCUAUUAAGAUCUUGGAAUCUGCUUCAUUAUAAUAAUCUAUAAAAAUGGUAUUUAGAAACCUCAUUUGUUGAAGUGA